GCUGUUUCUCAUGAAUUAACUGAGAGGGUGAGGGGAGAAGUCUCACUUUUGCUGAACGCUUUUGAACGCUCAACACUAACAAAUUAAUUGUUUUCGAGAAGCAGUGUGGGAUACACAGCAGAGAGCUGGUGCUGUACUGCGAGCACUGCGAGGUGCCCGUAUGCAUCGACUGCACAACCCAGCACCCAGGCCACGGAAUAAGGCCGCUGGAUACGGCCGUACCGUGGUGUAAGUCGCUCUACAUUGUCAGCAAAAACAAGACAAAUUGAGUUGAAUUGGAGCUGCGAGGGACUCAUCAAGCCACGCUUUGGACGCGGAGAAAAUUGAUGGAAAUUGAAUGAUUGAUCCCAGCCAGGGCGCAUCGCAUCGCAUCAGCCGGGCAACAUCGCAUGGUGAUUAGCGAAAAAGGGCAGGUGGAUUGUCUCCAUAGCCACAGGGCGGGGAAGCUUGCUGCUCCAACGCGAGGGAAGUGAAAGUAAAUUCGUCAUCGUUAGACGGGGAAACAAUGGCCGAGUUCAUGUUUGACAACGCAGGAGACAGACCCUCUCUCUUGGAGGCAGACCUAAGCUGUCCGAUAUGCAUGGAUAUCUACAAAGAGCCAGUUCUCUUGUCCUGUAGCCACAGCGUCUGCAGUGCUUGCAUUGCCCGUAGCAGGGAGCAGAAAGGGAAACGGAUAUGUCCGGUGUGUAGGAAGGAUUGUGACAACGAGCAGCCCAUUCCUAACCUGGCGCUGAAGAACACAUGCGAGUCUUACCAGAAGGAAAAGGGCUAUUGGGUCCCGGUCCCAGCCGAGAAGCAGUGUGGGAUACACAGCAGAGAGCUGGUGCUGUACUGCGAGCACUGCGAGGUGCCCGUAUGCAUCGACUGCACAACCCAGCACCCAGGCCACGGAAUAAGGCCGCUGGAUACGGCCGUACCGUGGUGUAAGGAGGAACUGGACAUUAAAUUGAAAGUCUUGGACGAGAAAUAUGAAUUUUUUAAAAGACUUAAGCGCACUUAUAAUGCCACAUCGGAGUACAUCCAGAGCCAAGCUCAGCAGACAGAGAAACUCAUAAAGACGGAGUUUGAGAAACUCCAUGGCUUCCUGAGUGAGGCGGAGGCAGGCAGGAUUGCCAUGUUGAGAGAGGAGGAGGAGCUGAAGAAGCGGGGGAUGGCGGAAAGGAUCGCCAGUCUUAACCGAGACAUUGCUGCACUGACUGAUCUUAUCCGAUCUGUAAAAAGGGAGAUGGGAGCGGAUAACUUAUGUUUCCUGCAGAACUUCCAAGCCUUGAAAAGAAGAGCUCAGUGGACUGCUGGGGACCCUCCCGAGGUGCCGGACUCGCUCAUCAACGUGGCCCAACACCUCGGAGACCUCUCCUUCAGAGUGUGGGAGCAGAUGCAGUCACGCAUACCACACAUCCCAGUGAUACUGGACCCCAACACUGCGUCCCCCUGGCUCUCCCUGUCCCCGGGCAUGAGCGGCGUGUCUGGCAGUAAGGAGAGGCUGCCUCUGCCAGACAACGGGGACCGCUUCGACCCCUGCGUGUUCGUCCUGGGCUCGGAGGGCUUCUCCUCCGGACGCCACAGCUGGGACGUCUGCGUGGGCGAAAACCCCAAGUGGAUUGUGGGCGUGUGCAAGAAGUCGCUGCCCCGGAAACGCAAGUUCACCAUGUCCCCCAAGAGCGGCGUGUGGUCGGUGGGGCUGAGCAAAGGGGUGUACAGUGCCCUCACCGUGCCCCGCACGCAGCUGCACCUGCAGAAGCUGGAGAAGAUCAGGGUGAAGCUCAACUGUGAAAAGGGCACGGUGUCCUUCUGGGACCCCAGCAACGAGCAGCACAUCUGUACCUUCAACGACGCGUUCACCGAGCCCGUGUUUCCGCUCUUGGGCCCGGGCAUUCACGCGGAGGCCUUGACCAUCGCCCCGACGAAGGUCUCCAUUCACUACUGACUGCCCACGGGCCUGCUCGGCCACCGGCUCUCACCGCUUCACCUUGCUGUUGGUGUGACCGAGAUGAGAUCAGAGUCAUCGGCGGAGGAAGUACUUUGACAGCCUGAUUUGGGUCUUUUGAUCUUUCAUGAUAUGCAGAAAAAAAAUAAGAAAAUGAUUACUUUAUAAAAUUGUGGACAGUGGUUGCACGCAGUAUUAUUAAGGACUGACUUAAUAAUAUUGCGAGCGACCACUGUCCAUAAUUCUUUUUCAACGAUUAAUUGCCUAUGUUCAAAUUAAAAAUCUAUUUGCUUUCCUUGUUAUGCAUCAGACAAUUCAUAAUUCCUAUCAACUUUUUUUUCUUUUUACUCUUCACGUCAGAGAGAUUCAGUGGGUUUGGGGACUUUAUAGGACAACUUCACCCUACAUAAGUAAACAGAUGGAGGAUUUAUAAAAUAUGAAAAUAUGCUAAAACAACCAUGCUCAGUUAUAUCAAUGAUGCACUGGAAGUAUUGGUCUUUGCAAAUAUUUGCUGAAUCCAUGCUCCUCUGCUUGUAUUUACAUUACAUUAAUGGAAUUUUGGCAGACACUCUUAUCCAGAGCGACAUACAGUUGAUUAGAGUAAGCAAGAGACAAUCCUCCCCUGGAGCAAUGCAGGGUUAAGGGCCUUGCUCAAGGGCCCAACGGCUGUGCGGAUCUUAUUGUGGCUAUAUCAAGGAUUUGAAAUUUCUGUUGGAGCAGACAAAUUUAUACUAGAAAUACUGAUUGGGCAAAUUAGUAUCAUUUGUAAGUGUCAGUGGGUCUGAAUAGUUGCCCGGGACUCUGUAUGUACAUCAAUUUUCCUGCUCUCUACUUCAUAAGAUAUUUUAUGAUCUAUACAGGUAUGGGUACUUUUCCUCAGUCAAUAUGCAACUUGGCGUGCCAGUAUAUCAUUCUUAUCUUUCUUGUAAUUUAAUCAUUUUGGGAACUGUAUUACAAUGCAAAAUUAGAAGACCUGAAUUGCAGAAUACAACAGAAUUGUACAAGUUACGAAAAAUAAACUUACAUUGUUUUAUUUUGCUGCAGCUUAAUUAAUGACAGAAUUUACUUUCAUCAGUUUAAAAUGUCCACAAGAGGGCGCUUAAAACUGUAAAAUGUGCAACUCCAAAUAAAUGACAAAAUUCGUUUUUGUAGUAAUAAUAGCUGAACAUGACAUUGCAGUGCUGUUUUCUAUCUUUAACAGACAUGUAUUCCCAUAGUAGCUCGACAUUGAAGAGUCAUAAAUCUUACCUUGUUGAUUGUUGGUCUCAACUAUUUACAUUUACUUAAUUUACUUAAUCAAACAUUCUGCUUCACUGAUUAUCUCCCUCAAAUGAGGUCAAAGUGUUAUCUGAACUGUCUCUCACACUGGAGCAGAAUCCAGUCAUGGUUGAAAAAGGUACCCAAGCUGAUAAUACUACAUUUGACCAGCAAAAAUAAUGCGAAAAAAAUUUAGACAAAUCUCCUAAUUGUAUAUUGCACAAUGCAUAAUAAAGGCUGUCAAGCAAAGCAGUUUUGGAAAAA